AUGUCUAAAGCUUUUGAGGGUUCAUGUUUAGCUGGUACACUGCCAGUGGCCUGGAUAAAUGAAGGCCCAGGACCGCCGCAGUGCCCACAUUCAUGUCAACACAAAUAUCAUGUAAAUGACCGUUCUAAUCAAAAUACAUUAAAAACUAAUAAAGAUAAUAAAAGUACUAAUAAUAAACUAAAUAAUAACAAUAAUAAUUUUAGUAGUAAAUCAAAUAAUAAUAAAAAUUAUAAUGGUAUAAAUAUGGAGAACCGGUUAUAUGAAAAUCGACAGUGCCUUGACUACUUGGGCGAUAAUGAUGAAUAUAGUCCAUCACAAAUCUGUAAAAAAUCAUCAAGUGAUAUUGAGACCAAAUUGAAAUCAAUACGUUUAAGACAUUGCUGUGAGCGUGAUGUUUUAAGUGCAUUGCACAAUGAGGCGUAUUUUGAUGUGCUUAACGGUGGUGCUGGCUGCGUAAAACGACUCAACGAUCUGAUGGAAGCGGAUUCCCUUGCAGCACGUAUCACGUGUGAAUUUAUGGAAAUUUUAGUUAGAUACGAUUGUGGUCAACGCUAUUCGUUAAUUCAUCACUGUGGUGACUGUAAAGAAAUGUAUCGCCGAUGGGUUUGCAGUACAUUUGUACCAUACUUUGCCACACGCAAUGACAUUAAAUCGGAUCCUGAGCCGGUCACUCUUGCCGAAACAGAUGCUGCACUAUCGAACUCGAAUUUAAUGAACAAUAUCGAUAAUAAAGCACAAAAAAUGUUUAAGCAAACACACAGUUUAGAAGGUUCAAAUGAAAUAAAACGAUCACGUAGAAAAGUUCGUCUCGAACAGAAGCGUAUUCGAAUACGGCCGUGUUUAAGUGUGUGUCAAACUGUAGAACAGAAAUGUCCAUACAUGCUGCCCGCCGACCGUGCACCAGCUUAUCCAACGCAAUAUGCUGGCGAACCAACUUUUCUGUGUCUCGAUCCCAACAUUGAUGAGACAGGAAAUCAGCUUUUCAAGUCGAAUCACGGUCCAACACAAUGUUGCUAUGAUUAUUGCAAAUAUGAUGAAGGACUUUGCAGCAGCUCAUGUGAAACGAUCUUCACCAGUAAUCAAACUGCCAUCGAUAUAAAUAAUUCAACAACAAAUCGCACUCAGCUGAAAAUCAAUCAAACGCCAAACUUAUUCGUCAAGCUUGACAAUGGAACGUAUGUUCUCAACGAUUACAGUCACUCGCCCGCCGAAAGCACUAUGACAUGCCCGGCCCUCCCUAAUAUCAUCGUAUCAACGCAGCAAUGUUCAAUAUCACAAGCAAAAGCUGCCUCA